GGAGGGUGUUGGUGGGAGGAGAGACACAAGCUGACCAGGAAUAUAGCACACAUAGUGUAGGAGAUGCACGUGGAGGAAGAAGAAGAAGGAGGAGGAGGGUUACUGGCGGACACGCCGCGUUGGCUCCCUAUUAUCACCCAACCACUGCUAAUCUGGGAGUGAUCUCUGGACCCUCUCUCGCGUUGAGCAACAGCAGAUUGAAGGCUCAUUGAGACACGUGAAUGAAAGGGAAUGAGAGGGGGAAAAAAGAAACUGCAGGCGGGGAUUUGCGGGACGACAAAACCCGGCGGCGCCACUUGUUCGCUCGGAGAUGGAGGCACAAUGGUAGAGACAACUUUUUGAUUUAAGGCUUUGGGGUGGGCAAUGAAAGGUUUAAGGGCAAAGGGUGGGGUGGUGGGCUUUGGAGGCAAAGGGGUCUGGUCAAGAAAGUGAUUGUGGUGACAGGCGGUGCAAGGGACAAGGACUCAUGUGAGACACGGAGGAAUUAAAAGAGAAAAGACAGCGAGGGGGAGCAAAUAAAUUGGACUUCAAUAUGGGUGUGAAGAGCAAGGCUGCCUUGGCUAUCCUGCUCCUGCUGCUCUUCCUCGGCACUCUCUGGCUCCAUGGGGGUUUGGAUUAUCACUGGGAUGCUUGUCUAAAAGGCUACAAUCAAGUGAAUGAGCCACACCAGCUGUCCAACAGCAGCGCCUCCAAAGAGUCCGAGGGCCCCCAAGUACUGGAGGAGUGCCCCGGACAGACCUUCCAGGUGUCCCUGCUACUCACCCACCUGCUGGCGUCGCCGGCCUUCACCUCUGACGUGCUGCUGCAGCCUUAUCUCUCCAGCUGGGAUGAGCUUGUGAAGUUUAUGAAUGCUUUAGGCCCCAUGGUUGGCCUGAUAUCUAAAGAGAUAGAAACCAAAACCUCGAUUAUCCGGGAACUGGCUCUACUAGCCGAGGCUAGCCCCGAAGCAGAGGUGAACCCGGACUCUGAAAACACAGUGAGCCCGGAGGCCGGAGUGAAGACUUCUGGUGCUUACCACUCAGUGCGAUCCAUGAUCUGGGUGGAGUUGAAACGAGGUUUAGUGGAUUUCAAGCAGCAGACGGACUCUGGAUGCCGGACUCUUCUGCGACUGCACCGAGCUCUGCUUUGGCUCAAGCUGUUUCUCGAAAAGCUGGCGGAGAUCCCCGUGGCGGGCCGGCUGAAGAGCCCAUCGGACCUGUGCCGCGAGGCCUACAAGGUCACCCUGGCCAACCACCACACCUGGUUUGUGCGUAGGGCGGCCGAGCUGGCCUUCAUCGCCAUGCCCGAGAGGGGUUUCUUCUUAAGGCUCAUGUGUGUGCAGAACCAGGAGGAGCUAAGCGCAGUUCUGGGACGGGUGGUCCGGGUCAUCGGAGUGGUCUAUGACAGGACCCAGAAAGCUUUGGAGGACAAUGACAUGCUGGAUUUGCCAUAAAAGAAAAAAAAAGGCCUGAUCAGAUAGAAGCAGUUACCAUAUUGAACAUUGUGGCUUCUUGGGCAUCAAAGGUAGUCAAAAUGUAAAUGAACAUACAGUAUUACAACUCAAGAAAAUGGUUCCAUAUGUGCCCUUAGACGCUUUUUAAAGAGGAAGUCAAAAAUAUGUUCUAUACACCACCACAUAUUGUGCUAAGAAUAAGAACAUCAUGACUUACCCUUUAAGGCAGCUAAUGAUGCACCUGACCUUUCAAGUGCCUUAACGUUGCUGUCAUUCCAAUGAUGGCCAGCAGGUGGCCACUGCAGGGAGCAAGAUUCACUCAAAAACGUCACGAAAAGAUUAUUCACGGCCACUGGUUGAGAAUCACUGACUUGAACGAUUAACUCUGCAAACAAUUUGCGAAUGAGUUUAAGGUCCACGUUGGCAGCAUGAAGUCUGGGAUAAUACAUAACUUAUUGAUUGGGCAGGGGUGCGACAUUUAAAGGACCAAAGAAGCAAUUUCCUCACACUAUUUUUAUGGCAGCUGCGCAUAAAAUGUGGCAACUUGCCUCUUAAUAUCAUUCUUAGUUUUUUUAUGUAAAAUCUAAAAACUUGCCUCUUAAUAUCAUUCUUAGUUUUUUAUGUAACCCUAUCUUUUCCAUUGUAUUGCCAGCCUUUUCUGGAAGCGUUUGUAAAAUAGAUAAUGAAGAAAAGUGCAAGCAUGGAAAAUUCAACAGUAUUCUAUUUAUAGAUUUAAAGCAGAGUUGAAGUAAAUUAACAAAAUAACAUGUGAAUCCAACCUAACUGCCUUGAUUUUUACCAGCAAUUGUAUUUCCUGGAGUUAGCGCACUACCUCAAAAUGUAUCUUGGACGAAUUUACCACUGGGACCUUACACCUGUGAUUGAAAGCUAAUUUAUAUGCUGGACAAAUUUGGUGCUUCACUCUGACUGAACUGUGAGGUAUUAAUGCAUCAGUAUUACAUGAAUUUAUCCUCAAUAAAAAAAUGAAGG